AUGUCUAGUCUUCACGAACUCGUUCAUCGACAGCGACCAGGACCAUGGCAAAGACUCCGGGCCCAGCCCUACGUCUUCCUCGCACGAAUGCUUUACAAUUGGCAUAAGCCUAUUCCAGCUAUGCCUCUUACAAGACCUGUUUCGAUUGUCUGUAUCUCCGAUACUCAUAACACCCAAACAGAUGUCCCGGAUGGAGAUAUCCUUAUACAUGCUGGCGAUCUCACACAAUCUGGGUCUUUUCAGGAACUCCAGGGCGGACUCGACUGGCUACGCGCCCUGCCUCAUCCCAUAAAAAUCGUGAUUGCUGGCAAUCAUGAGCUAUUUCUCGAUUCAGCAUGGGAUGAAUCAUCAGGUCGAGCAGCCACUGAGCGAGCUCAGCUCGAUUGGGGCGAUAUCACCUAUCUAGAAAAUGAUGAAGUAACAAUUUCCUGCCCGAAUGGUCGUCAGCUCAGGGUCUACGGGAGUCCUUACUCCACUCGGCACGGCAACUGGGCCUUUCAAUAUCCCCGAGAUCAGGAUGUAUGGGCUGGCUCCGUACCAGAUGGAAUUGAUGUGCUUAUUACUCACGGUCCACCACUUGCUCAUCUUGAUCUACUUAAGUUGGGCUGUCCUUAUCUACUACAGACGCUAUGGAGAGUUCGACCAAGGCUGCAUGUAUUUGGUCACGUACAUGAGGGUUCAGGAACCGACUUGAUGUUGUUCCACGGACUUCAAGAGGCGUACGAGCACACUGUCGCUGCUGGAGGGGGCUUUAAAAAUCUUCUGCUUACAGCGUGGGAAUUAGCUAAGGCAUGUCUCCGUCCGGCCGUGGAAGCGAGGUGUUUACUCGUAAACGCGUCCAUUGUUGGAGGGUUGCGAGAUAAUGAACGGAAACAGCCUGUCACAGUCUUUAUUUGA